AUGGUCAAUGAAACAGAUCCAACCACUACCUCAGAUUAUUUUCAGGUAGCUGUAGAAGAUGAUCAGCAGGCUAUCGAACAACAAGGAGAAUCAAGUACGAGUACCGGUACGAAUGGUGAUAUUGCCGCAUUAGACAAGGCGGCAAAGGCAGAAAUUAGGAGACAGCGUAUAGAGGCUGCCGUUCAGAGGUCAAAGAGUGAAUACAAGUCUGAACAUGCAUACACGGAGAGAGGGUGGUUCAAUUAUGGAGAAAGCCAGAGAAACGUCCUGUCGAAAGAUAAAGUUGAUAAACAGCAUCUAGAAUACAUAACCACCUCAUUAUACUAUGCCUCUCCACCAGACUAUACCGAAGCCUUACGAUUGAUAAUGAAGAAUUUUGAUCCCAAUCCUACUGGCAGCAAACCGAAACCGAUGGGAGGACUGAAUAGGGAAUUGUUAGAUACUGCUUUGAGGUGUAGUUUGGCCAUAAGGGAUGCUGAAAGUGCAGUGAAGUUGGCUGAUUCAACAAAAAACAUGUGGAAAGGUCAAUUCGCAGGUGUAUCAGCUUUAGCUUCCGAUGCGUAUUUAUUAGCAGGUAGACCAAUAGAUGCCCUCGCUCCCCUGUUCGUAUCUAUAUCAUCAUUCGGCUUACACCAACCCCUCUUAACUCGCUUAUCUACCAUACUUCAAUCCCACGUUUCCGUUCCCUCAUCGAGUUCUGCUGGAAAACAAACAUCAACAUAUGAGAAUAUACAUCGUUUGGUUGGGAUAUUGGAUAAAGUGAUCGUAUGGAAAUCCAUUCAUUUGCAGAAACCUCUAUUUGCCGAUACUUCUCCCACCAGUACGAUCCAAUCGCAAAAUACAAAUACAAAUAUAGACAUGACAUUUACCGACCAACCUCUAAACCCCUCUGGCAUAUUACUGGAAUUAGGAAUAGAUGAAGGCAGUAAAGACAAGGAAGACUUGAUAAGCGGUUUGAAAGGGAUGGUAAAUAGGUUGAAUAAGGGGUUUAAGAAUGAUCCUUCUGAAGAUGUCGUUGAGAAAUCAGUUAGAGAGUUGUAA